AUGGAAGAUCUGAAUGGCAAUGCCGAGAGGAGACGUACCUCAGUGGAAGAGACAGCCCUGGAGCGACCGAAUACAACUCAAGCCACACAAGAAGAUGAUCAUACAAAGGCUGAAAUCGACAAGCAGCUUGGCCGCUUGGUAAUUAAUGACACCCAAAGCUACUAUGUUAGCAAUGUUCUGUGGGCUAGUUUAGGGGGAGAGAUUGAGGAAUUAAAGGACCUAUUACAGACCUCUCAGGAACAUGAAAGUGACGACGAUGACAGCUUCCCUGUCAGCCAGGAUUUGGAUUCCGUGGUGUCCCUGAGCCCAAACGCAGCAAUUAUGGGGUUUCAAGCACUGGCACCCUCAAUGAAGCCUUGGUAUCCGCAUCUGUCUCAAUCUGUGAUUCUCCUGGAGAUCUUCAAAACAAAUGUGUUACCCAUGGUUCAUAUUUUCCACGUUCCGACACUGGAACGAACUUACUGGGAUGCACUGGCCUCGCCGGAUGAACUGGACUGCAGCAAUGAAGCAUUGCUCUUCUCGAUUUGGUAUACUGCUGUCAUCAGCAUGGAACCGGAGCAAUGCGAACACGUUUUGACUCUAUCGCGAGCAGUUGCCCUGAAGCAUUACCAAUUUGCAGUACAGCAAGCGAUUGCUCGCGCCGAUUUAUUGAAUACGCAGAGCAUAGUUCUAUUGCAAGCAGUAAUUAUGUUCCUAUCGGGCCUGCGGAAUGAAGAUGCUUCACGAACAACCUGGUCACUGACAGCACUGGUUUCUCAUAUUGCGCGAGCGAUGGGAUUACAUCGUGACGGUGCCGCUUUUGGUCUCCGUCCACUAGAUGUUGAAAUCAGACGGCGGGUUUGGUGGCACAUUUGUCUUUUAGAUAUUCGAUCAUCCGAAUAUCAUGGUUUCGAACCAAUAAUUCAUGAAUCAACAUUCGAUACCCGACUACCACUAAAUGUCAAUGAUGUUGACUUGACUCCGGAGAUGAUAAAUGCGCCCCCCGAGCACGAAGGGGUCUCAGAAAUGACAUUUUGCCUCAUCCGAUGUGAAGUACUUCGUGUCGCGUGGAAAACAGGAUAUGUGCGCCCAAGUAUGCAAUUUCCUGGGCAGCCAUUUACCCGGCUCGAACUUGAAAGUCGAGAAUCCCUUGCCAAAGACCUUGAAGAAAGACUCGAGAAGCGCUACCUGAAGUACUGUGAUACCUCGGAUCCAUUUUACCGAGUGUGCGUUACUGUGGCGCGACUCAUGGUUGCACGGACCUGGUUGGUAGUUUACUAUCCAUUAAUCCAAGAGCACCAUGAGACUGAAUUGCCUAUGGGAACCCGGGACAGGAUUUUUAUCAAAUCAACAAAGAUUCUUGAGCUGUCUGCUGCUCUGUUGAACAGCUCGGAUCGAAGGUGGACAUGGCAUUCCAAAGCUCAGGUUCAGUGGCAUGCGGUUGCCCUUGUUCUCUCAGAAAUCUGCUCACGUCCACCAUCCGCAGACUGUGAUCGUGCUUGGGAUUAUAUUCAAAUUUUAUAUGACCAGUGGAAAAUUAAAGAGCACAAGGGAAAUCUUUGGAGGCCCAUAAAACGUCUCAUGACUAAGGCGAAAUAUGUGCGAGAGGCCCAAAAGACGGCACAAAAGGAUCCAAAACCAUGCUGGAGAGUCUCUGGGAUGACAAAUCUUGUAGAACCGACAAACCAAGCUUCGAACAUCUCUCUGGAUGCAUGUGACCUCAUAAAUAGCGAUAUGAUGACGACAGAUAGCUUGGAUGUUUACUUUCCAAGCAUCUUCGAGCCAAUUCCUCUAGCGGCCUUCUUCUCCCCUCCUCCUAUGGACGUUAAGUUUGAUACUGUUUGA